UUAAAACAAGGAAAUUGACAUUGAAGCUUUAUAACGUGAAGGGAGAAUCUGCUUCCAAACACAAUUUGUUGACUGUGACAGACACCAAUGACAAUUUCAAGGUUUAGGUAUGUUGCUGCUGUUUUUGUUUUUAUUCCAAAGUUUACUCCUUUUCAAUUUCCAAAACACUAUUUUUCAACCCUAAACCCUCAAUUUGAUAAUGUUAAUCAUCUGGAUGCUGCUUCAUUGUUCAAUCGUUUGCUCCAUAAGAAUCCUACCCCACCACCCAUUGAAUUUGGCAAGAUUUUAGGUUCCAUUGUGAAAGCUAAGCAUUACUCAAUUGCUAUUUCCCUUUCUCAACAAAUGGAAAUUAGGGGAAUUCACCCUGACUUUGUAACUUGCAGUCUCUUAAUGAAUUGUUUCUGCCAAUUGGGUCAUAUCACUUUUGCUUUCUCUGUUUUCUCAAAGAUUCUCAAAAGGGGUUAUCGCCCAAAUACAAUAACUUUGAAUACACUCGUCAAGGGUUUUUGUCUCAAAGGUGAGGUUCAUAAAGCAUUGCACUUUCAUGACAAGUUGGAGAAACAAGAGCAGCUCUAGAGUUGCUGAGACGAGUUGAUGGGAAAUUGGUUCAACCUAAUGUGGUAAUGUACAACACGAUUAUUGAUAGUAUGUGCAAAGAUAAACUUGUUUCUGAU